GAUAUUGGUACUUUAACAAUAAGUUACUUUUUUAAAUUAGUAGAACACUGUUACAUUCAGAGUAACAGUUAAAAGGUACUUUUUAUUCAAGUAGGACAUUGUUACUUUUUAAGUAGCAAUAAUAAAAUGUUACUUUUUAUUCAUUAAGCAGGAUUUUGUCACGCUAUUCAUAUUGCAAAAAAAAGUUGAGCAAUGUAAAUAGAGAACAACAACAAAGUGGUUUCAGAAGACGUACGUAUGGAGUGACAGCUAGAUUUAUGAUCAUACAGCCAAAACUUCCUCAUUUUAGUUUCUAUCCCUUACUGAACCCCUCCCUUGCACACUCUCUCUCUUUGUGAGACACACACCCUUCCGACAGCAGUAGUGGGCGGUCAUCUCUCUCUCUCUCUCUCUCUCUCUCUGUGAAACACACACCCUUCACUCUCAUGAGGUUUAAGGUCAGAUGAUGUCGACUUGCUCUCGAGAGAGACUGAAGCUCAGAUGAUGGUUUAUGGUCGUGUGUUUGCUGUGCUUAUGGUGAGGAUGCUGUAAACUCGUUAGAUCAGUUCUCGUGACGUGCAGCAUGACGGACGCAGGUGAGAGCGUGAAUAAAGACGCAAAGGAGCCCUGUCCUCAGGUGUUCGUGGUGGACAGCCAGGCGUUCCCGCGCCAGGUGCCCAUCAGGCUGGACGUCCCGCGGCUCACCUUAGUCUACCUGCUGCUGGCCGUGGCCCUGCUGGGCGUCUUCAUCGAAGCUGGAUUCAUCUGUCAUCUCUACAGCAAACAAGUGAUUUCUCCAGAUAUCCAGAAAGUGGAAUAUAUAAAAGGAGAGAAGGACUCAGUUCCCAGUGAACAUGAUUUUAAUGAAAUUGUACCUGGAAAAAAACCCAAAGCUGAGAGCAUACCUGCAGCCAAAGCUGAUGACAAACCUGCAGCAUUUCUGCAAAGCUCUUCGACCGAGUCUGCAAGCAACGGCGUCCUGCUCUGGAAGUCAGAAGGCUAUCCAAUGUUCCAGAAGGGUCUGGACUACAAGAACAACAGUCUGUACGUCCAGCAGGAUGGUUACUAUUACAUCUUCUCCAAGAUCUCCCACCUGGAUAACUGUGAAUUCUUCAAACAUACAGUCAUGCAGCGCUCGGACAUCUACAACAACGAGCCCAUCCUGCUGAUGCAGAACUCCAGGUACUCCUGCAGCUCCAAUAAACCCCAGGGGAUGGGAAAGUGGGGCAACAGCUACCUGGGCGGCGUCUUCCACCUGAAUAAAGGAGACAGUGUGUUUGUUACGGUCAAUAACAGCUCGCUGGUGCAGAGUAAUGGAUUUGAGAACUUCUUUGGUGCCUUCAUGAUCUGAGCACUGACAAACUGCUGCCAGGAAAUCACACAUACACACACUCUUACACACCCAGGUUCUCAUUCCAGUUUUUAAAUAUUAUUUUUCUAAACACGUUUUGUUAAUCUUUACAAUAUAGAAUUUUACUAUUUUUCUCCAGUGGUCGACCGAUAUAUCACCAAAGCCAUUGGUAUUUUUUGUAUAUCAGCAUCGGCUGAUAAUUUUUUCUGUUUGGCCGUCAUGUCGGAAGCAGGACUUUUAUUUUGAAAGUGCCUGACAAACAAUUAGCAAUUCGCAGCGCUCCCAAUAGUGAUAAAAAGCCAAACACUAUAAUUCUUUCUCAUUUACCGUCUGUAUUCAACAAGUACGCAUUUAUAUCAUGUAAACAAAUCUUUGAAUAUCUAAAAAACAUUUUGUCACAAACCUUGCAGACUUCGUCAAAUCCAGCUGUUACAUAUCUGAAAUGUGUAAUAAAAACAUGUACGCUGUGCGUAAUAAAUAGGAGAGUUCAGCUGUCACUAGCUAUGUUUCCAUCCACUUAUUUUAUGCACAUUUUGAGAUAUCAUAAAUAAUAUGCAACAUUAAAAAACGCUGGAAGAUGCGCAUAAUGAUACUAAAUUUCUCCACCGAUUGCCGAUUAUUCAGAGUGAUAUCUGCUGAUACCGAUAGUUUGGGGGUUCUGCAUUUUAUACCUUCUUUUAAAUGAAUGAUAAUUUUGGUAACACUUUAUUUUAUAGUGUUUAGUUACACAUUACUAGAUGUACUUGCUAAAGUAAUAAUUAUGCAAGUAACUAACCCUAAACCAAACCAUAACCCUAACUCUAUAGUAAGUACAUGUAGUUAAUUAAUAGUACUCAGUACUUAUUUGAGUAAUUACAAUGUAACUACUAUGGCACUUAAAAUAAAGUGUAACUAUAUUUCUUAACUCUCUGAAUGUUAUUAAUUCAUAUAAUUACUAUUAAUAUUGAACAUCAAACUGGUUUCUUAGCUUUUUCUUUACACAAAGCUCAAGUGCAGUGCAUUUUCUUGCCCUAUUUUGAUUGACAGGAUAUAUCGGCUCUAACUAUCAGCUGAUUUUAAACUAUCGGUUAGUCUGAAAAUGUGCUUUUAUCGGUUGAUACCGAUUAUCGGUGUAUAUAUGCAAAAAUAUAUGCACUCAAUUGAGGCGGGUACAUGACAUGUGCAUAAACUACGAUGGAAACACAUUUACUGAAUAAAUCCCUCAAAACCUCACGUGACUUUGCCUCAGCAGAGGCUGGGAUUGGAUAUCUGGACUAACCAGUGCACCAAUCACAUCGCAGCAUCUCAAAUGUUGGUUCUGGUCUGUCAUCAGAAUGAUUUGGUUUAAUUCCCUCCAGAAGCGUCUCACGAUUGUGUUCCCAAACACCAGCAUCCGAACGCAAGAUCACAUGACAGCGUUUAUUGUGUUUCGUCUGACGCUCUGAGACAAACUCAUUUAUGAUGGAGGAGAAAAGUUACAUUUUUAUUACUGAUAUUUUGCACCGGUUUCACAGGAAGUGACGAAUUUGUUCUCUUGAACACAUGGGAUGGAAGCGCUUCUUUAUUCGCAAAUGUUUUCUGCAAUAUUCGAAAGUUAAAUUCACAACUUUUAGUCUAAACGGCUACUGUAGACGCACGUCAACAUACUUUAAACCCUCGAUUUCAAACUAUGCUGCACUAUAUAUUUUUAUAUAUAUAUAUAUAUAUAUAUAUUUACAAUUUCUUUAUUUGUGAAAAUAGGACUACAAAAUCAAGAAGUUACUGUCUAAAGUAUAAUGCAAGUCUGUUUAUUUUACAGAUUUAUGUUUUAAUUCAUUUUAGCUAAUUAUUUAUUUGUAAUUUAUUAAAUAUUAAGUAAAAUAAAUAAAAAAUUAUAAAUAUAUCGGCCAUCAGCCACCCUGGUUCUCUAAGAUAUCAGCAUCUGCCAUCAAAAAAUUAGUAUCGGUCGACCACUAGUUUUUCUGUUGUUGUUGUUGUUGUUUUUUUUUUUUUUUUUUUUUUUUUUUUUUUUUUCUACAGAUAUUUAAAUAUAUUUAGUGUGUAUUGCUGAAAAGUGACCCAUUAGAUGUUAUUUCUCUGUAAAUGUAAAAUAACAUUCUGGUUUGUGUGCUAAAGGCCCAUUCUCAGGAGACGGUGCCAUUUAAAACAAUAAAUAAAAUAAAAUAUAUAUAUAUAUAUAUAUAUAUAUAUAUAUAUAUAUAUAUAUAUAUAUACCCCCAAUUGGCUGGUUUUUAAGGCUGGUUCACAACAAGAAUGCUAACUAUAAUGCUGUGUUCACACCAAACGCGAAUAGAGCGUCUGGCGCAAAUGAUUUCAAUGUUAAGUCAAUGUAAAGACGCAUUUACGCGCGUCUGGAGGUCUUGCGGCGCGAAUGAGGCGUUUAGCGCGGCGCGGAAGACGCGAAUUCGGCUCAUUCGUUACGCGCGAAUGGUGCUUUUUGUGCAUUUAGCGUUUGACGCGAAUUCGCGUCUGACGCCCGAGUUGAAAAAUUUGAACUUUGGCGUAAAUUCGCGCCGCGUUAACCAAUCAGGAGCCUGCUUGCUGCUGUGGC